AUACCUCCUUGUCUUUUGUUUUUCCCAGACAGCUCUCAGAACCGGCCAGAACACUGAACAACUAAAUGGAAGUGGGAUAUUUUACAAGCAUUCGGGAGGAUUUUCACAAAGGUCACUAUCAAAAUGUCCUAAAGCAACAGCCAGAGGAGAUGGACUACCCUGAGUUUUCCCUGCUAUCAUCCCUGAGAGCCGAGUUUAAGCAUGAGGAUUUUGUUCAGCCUCACUAUAAAGAGACAUAUCGGCUGGCAGUUGAUUGUCUGGUUAAAGAUGGCAGAGAUAGUUACGAUGAGUUUCUCAAAGGAGAACAUGUUGGAAACUUCCUCUCAGAAGAUGAGAUUCUCUUCAUCACAUCUAAUGCAAAACAGCUGCUAUCCGAAAAUAAGACAGAAGAGGUCAUUGGCCCACCAGACAACCAGUCGUCCUCUGGGACAUACUGGCCUACCGAGUCGGAUGUGGAAACACCGAAUUUGGAUUUGGGUUGGCCAGAGGUCUUGCAUAAAAGAAGCCCAACAAAUAUCAAUCUGCUCCAUCAUCCGCCAAGACUCAACAACCCAACUAUAAAAGAGGUGAUACGGAAAAAUAUUCAGGAUGCAAAACAGGUAAUUGCUAUUGUGAUGGACAAGUUCACAGAUGUUGAUAUAUUCAAAGAGGCUGUGGAUGCUUCCAUAAGAGGUGUGCCAGUUUAUGUGCUUUUGGAUGAAUAUCAUGUUAAAAGUUUCCUCAAGAUGGCUGAUGAUCAAGAUAUCAAAAUAAAACAACUCAGGAACAUGAGGGUGCGCACAGUGAAAGGACAAGGCUACCUCUGUCGAUCAGGUGCCAAAUUUCAUGGAGCAAUGGAGCAGAAAUUUCUUUUAGUCGAUUGCCACACGGCAAUUUAUGGCUCAUACAGCUUCACUUGGUCUUUCGAGAAGAUCAACCUGAGCAUGGUUCAGGUCAUCACAGGCCAACUUGUGCAGUCAUAUGAUGAAGAAUUUCGGACGCUCUAUGCUCGUUCAGUUGUACCACCUGAACUAGAAACCUCACUGGUUGGGCCACACAAUAAUGGAGUUCAAGGACAAAAAAUGUUGCCAAGAUAUUCUAUUCCAAGUACUGACCGGAUGGACCGCUUGAGGUAUUCCUUAGAUGUAGUCAAUAACAAAAACUUUGAAAGACAAUCUGGCACAAGAGUUUUUAAAGACCGGUACCUUGAAGAGGAGAAUAAAACACGUGGGCCCUUGAUAAAGGUACCACUGCUCGAACUUGAAUCUUUAGAUCAGAUGAAUUUGUUGAAAAGGCACAGUUAUGCAGGGGAACGACAAGAUGAAUGCAUCCCAGAGAGCAUUAGGCUUAGAGGAAUCAACGGGAAUAGCUCGAGAAAUGGUGGAAUUUUAUCAAAGAACUACUCAAUGGAUAAUUAUAUGCAAGUGCAACAGAUACACAGAGAUCAAAAUAUGUACCAGUCUUACAGCGGCAUUGACAAACAGGUACUCUCAAUGCAGCAGAACAUGCCAACAUUAGAGAACACUUCAAAGUUGUUCCUACGUACAUGGAGAAUAGACUCUUACCUUAAAAACCCUGAUGCCCCCUUUCCAGACACAUGUGACUAUUUGGACCAGUUAGAAAUGGACAACGGGAGCUCCUUCAUGCAGGGACAUAUGCGAAACUCCUUUGCCCUAAGGUGUCCCACCAAAGAACAGAUAGAGCCAAGCAGACUCAUAAACCCCUCGUGCCUAAGCGAUUUCUCAACUACACCCUACACUCCUUUGCACCACAAUUCAAUGCAUUGGAAUCCUGAUGCAAAUGUUGAAAACAGAAAUGUCUCCAAUGAAUUCAUUUUAAACAGAAAGAGUCCACAGUUAUUAGACAACUAUGAUAAUACAGCACACUAUAGCCCAGGUAGAAACAUUUAUCAAUCUACAUAUUCUAGUUUAAGCAGAAAUAAACAUGCAAGGAUAAUUACUAACCCUGAUAUGCUGGCUAACAGUUGGCAUAAGAGGCACAGUGUGGCUGAUCCACGGUCAAGCACAGAAAACACAUACGAAACCUCAGAACACAUGUAUGGACGUUUUGUAAAGACUGAAGUAAACUGUAGCACUGUGGAAAUCCCUGACCAGCAUAGAGGAUACAGAUCAAAUAUAAAUAAAGAUCAGAGAUCUCUCUCUCAGUAUGACGUUAAGAAUAUCAACGACAAAAAUGGUCCAAGUACAGGUGCUUGGCAUGAACUCCCAUCCAGGACCGUCUCUACAGCAGCCCUGCACCUUAAUAGCAAAAAUCUGGGAAAUAAAUCCAGCAGUAUUAAUUCCCAGUGCAGUACAAAAAGUAGCUCCAAAAACGUUCAGUCUUUGUCGAACAUAACAGAGAGGAAAAAUGAUUUCUUCAGAACCAUAGAGACACCAAGUCUUCAUUCAGGUGAUAGCUGCGACACCUUAACAGCCGAGGAUGGGGCAACAACUAGUGGUGGAGAAAAUGCUUCCCAAACUGCAGCCAGUUCUGACAAGUCAUCAUCAGAAAGUCAUCUGAAGACCUCAAAGCCACAAUUUGAAACAGAAGAACACCGAGACAAACCAGUGAUCUCUGCCUCCAAAGCUGCUACACAGAAGAAACCUUCAAUUCCUGGGAAAAACACAAAGCCUGCAACUGAGAGUCGCAUGCACAGCAGAUUCGAACCUUUCAGCUCUCUUGAAAAGAAACCCUCUUUUUUGAGAGCCUCCAGGCGCAGCCAAGCUCAAGAGAAAACCAGAAGUCUUUCUGGAGGCGAGGCAGCUGUUGAACCCAGUCACACUCAGGCAACUAGAGGACACCAAGAAAACAAGUUAGAGAGGUUUUUUCACAGAGUGGGAAAUCUGUUACAUAAAAACAAAUAGUGAGGUUUAAGUGAGGUAUGUAAACUAUGUUUGCUACCUAUAACUAUAGUUUAUUAGAGUGGAAAUAUUUAUCUAUGUACCAAAGGUGUUAUGUGCACUGACUUUGCAGCACCUUCAGUUUUAAUUUCUACCUUGUUUAUUGCACUCAAGAAGGAUCCUGAAACAUGGUAUGGUUUGUACUGAUGUGGAUUACAGAUGUUUCUUACAUAAUAUAGAAAUACCACCUCUAGCUUUUUUGUUCUUUGUUGGUGCCAGACUCUUGCAUAAAUGAAAAUACUUUCAAAAUUGUUUACAUUACCAGUUACUUGUUUCAUAAGUUCACAUGUAUACUUACUUUUGUUGGCACUGAGGGUGUGUAGGAUGAACAUACCAUUCUGGUUUCUGCAUAAGAUUUGUCUGCUUUAGCUUUGACAGCUGCUUCAGCUAUAGAAAUAACAAAUACAAAUACAUAGCAUGUACACUGUUUAUCAUAUAUCUGCAUAAACAUUUCUAUCUUGUUUUUUAUAUUUCAGAAGUUUUCACAAAUGCUCUUCAGGGUGGAAAGGUGUAAGACAGUAUGCAAAGAAAGUACUACUUCAAACAAAUUCUUGUUAAUUUGCAAUUAAUUUUAUGAAAAAAAUUAAGUAGCUGACGUUAUUAAAAUGACUUUUUCCC